AUGCGAUUACUCUCCACAACUCUGCAGUGCUACCUGACUGCAACAGUCAUUACCGCCUUCCCCCUCAUCCUCGCUAGUAUACCCACUGCCCAUGCGGAGGGCGUCUUGCCCCAUGGCCUCGGAGCCGAGAACGUAAACGUCGGCGGGCCGGUCGUUAGCGACGGAGCGGGGCUGCCGUUUGCGCUGGACUCGUUCAAUGGGCUCGAGCUCCGGGAUAGCCUAGAUGAGAAUGGGGAGUCCAACGGGCUGGACUUGGUGCGACGAUACCCCAAGAUGGGCACGUCUUUGGCCAACAAUAACUUCCAGGAGAAGACCAUUGAGGCCGGGGACACGCAGUGGUGGUAUAUCACCUCGGAGGUGGUGAAUGGCCAAAAGGCCGCUGCGGGCAAGGGACUUCCUGCAUUUUUGAAUUCGCGGGGUCUGGACGAUUCGAAGGAGAUCGAGCACGAGCUGCGGAGACGAGAUUCGGGGAAUCGCUCGACCACAGUUUAUCUGUCGUUGACGACGUGCAGUAAACCCAUCUCGAACAAUACUGCUGAUGCAGGCUCGUUCCCUCAGUUGGAGGUUUAUGUCUCGACGUCAGAGAAGCUGCAGGAGCCUGGGCCGGGGAAAGAUGACACUUUACAGACCAUGAUCACCGCAGCAGGGGGCUAUGCUAGUGUUGAAUUCGGUGCAGUUGGCGAUGUCUUCAUUGGGGUGUCGGCGCCAAACUCAACGGCCUACUCGGGUUCCUACAAAUACCAAAUCGCAGCCUCCAUUGACGCUUUCUUCCAUGAAGUUGACUACGAUGAACCCUUCCUCUACUUUGUCGACGCUGACAACUCUGCUGCGCUUUUGGUGACGAACAACCUGACGCUUUCAGAUCCCAACUCGACCAACUAUCAGCAGUGGAUGAAUAUUACGCCCCCAUACACCAUGUUCGCGCACAACAUCAACGGCACGGCGCUUGCCGGUCUGGAGCAGUCAUUCUGUGCAUUGGACGAGCUGUCGCAGGUGGGACGAAUUAGCAACUCGGUGGAGGUGGGUAUGACCAGCCGAGGACUUGGAAACAAGCCCAAGGAGCAGUUCUACAUCACCGGCCUCAACCAGAGUUCCACGUACGACGGGAUCCUCGCGAUGGUGGGCAACUCGACACUAUCCGGGAACGGCGUCGUUGGCGGCGGAGGAAAAGUGUGGCAGCCGAUGAAUUUCACCACCAAAGCCGACGACAACUGCGCCGUACUAUUCAACCUCAGCUUCUGCUCAGAAGUAGCCUACGCAGUCCCUUCGAAUCCAAAAAUCAGCAUCCCCGAACUUCGCGACAUCUACGACAACAACGCUCGAUCCUACUAUACAAACUUCAGCUACUCCCUUCAACAAAUCCAAUGCAACGCCAGCCAAGAAUCCAUGUUCUCGCUCACAGUCGGCUGCUCCGACUGCGCAAACGCUUACAAGCAAUGGCUCUGCAGCGUCAGCAUCCCCCGCUGCGCAGACUUCAGCAGCAACGCGACCUACCUAAUGGUGCGUAACGCCGGACAAGACUUUAUCAACGGGUCUUCCCUUCCAGAAGAUAGCCCAUACCGACAAUCCGUGAUCACGAACGUUUCACGGAACGCCCUCAUCGACACAAAAAUCCAACCUGGCCCGUACAAGGAGAUUCUUCCGUGUCUGGAUGUCUGUCACAGCCUCGUUCAGAAUUGUCCGACGUCGCUUGGUUUCGGUUGUCCGAGGGGACAGUGGCUGAAUGCAUCUUAUGGAUAUCGGGAUCCGGAUGGAGAUAUUACGUGUAGCUAUCUCGGGGCUGCUUAUUACUUGAAUAUCGGUGCUCGGAUGGGCGUCUGGGGGAGUGUUUACAUGUUGUUUGGGAUGUGGGGAGUUUGGUGGGCAUUGUGGUAG